UCCCGGAAACCCCAUUAAUAUAAUAAUGGUGGUAGCACUGAGUUUAAAUUUAAACAUAACCAUAUCCAACUUUUGGAAAGGUAAAUAAAAAUAUUUAUUUUUUUUACAAUCAAUUAUUGAUCAAACCGGAAAAUAUAAAUAGGAUUUAAAUGAUUGGCACAUAUGAUUAUUUAGUGCAAACAUAAAUAAACGACCAAAAAUGACAAGCCAAUGUAGGAGAGGUUAGAAUUAUUAACUUAUGACUAAUACUUAAUUCUUCAAAUUAAAACAUUCCAAAGAAGACUGAUUAGAGUUAUUGAAGAUGUUUGAAUUCCUGUUAGUUAUUUCUACGAUAAGUUAUGUUUUUUCCUUUGAAAAUACUCUCCUUGGUUGCUAUGAUGAUGUCUCUCCAGGAAAGAGGGUUUCAAUUGAACAAUAUAGAUCAAAAGAAGAAUGUAUUAAAGAUUGUUUCUCGAAGUAUUAUAGGUAUGGUUUUAUUUACAAUGAAGGCAAUUGUAUGUGUGGAAAUUAUUUAGGAGAACAAGUUUCGAAUGGAACCUGUAGUGAAUGUCAGUCUUGUGACUUUAAGAUGAAUUUGACUGACACUUACUUUACAGGAAAUUUAGUGCCUGGACCUCCAAGGAAUUUUCAAGUUUUCAACAUAACAGAAAAUCAUGUAAGGAUAACGUGGCAAGAACCAGAAUCAGUUGUUGAAAUUAUUAAAUAUAGAAUUAAGGCUAUUGUGAUACAUACAUACUCCAGUUAUUCUCCCUAUAGUCCAGAAUGGAUGUAUUCCAAUAAUACAUUUCAAACUGAACUCAUCACAUUGUUACCAGCAACAAAGUACAAUAUAACUUUAUCCACUACUUCUCCAGACGGUGAUGGAGCUUUAGUAUUUAGAGUUAUAGAAACAAAAAUUGGUACUCCUGAUAGUAUACCAACUAAACCAGUUAUAAUAGAAAACCGAGGACAUCAGAUAGAUGUAAAAUUAUUACCUACGCCCAAUAAUAAUGGUCCUAUUACUGCAUAUAAAGUUAUAGUUAUUAAUGAAGAUGCAAAACAAGAUUUUGAUGAAACAAUACUAACUUCUUACAAUGAAGCGAAUAGAAACGGACUUUCAUAUUAUAUAACUGCAGAGUUGACUCCAAAGGAAAUUAAUAAUAUAUUCACUGUUGGUGAUGGUCAAACCUAUGGAAGAUAUUACAAUGCUCCAUUAGAUCCCGAUGUAAACUACAAUAUAAUUCUAGCUUUGAUCAGUAGAUUACAUGAAGUAGAAAAGGUUGUUUACAGUAGCGGUGCAGUAACUGGAAGUGGAGUCUCAAUUCUAAAUGUAUCUGAUGAUCAAAUUGUUGGUGAUUCUCGUACUGUUAUUAUCGGAUUAUCAGUAGCAAUUGGUUUACUUACAUUCAUGUUGAUUGCUGGUAUAAUUGGAUUCAUUAUUUUGAAAAGUAGAGUGGUUAAUAGAAGACACAGGCUCUCGGAUAACCAAGAACUAACCCUUCAGGGUCCUAUGAUAGAAGUGGAAAACAACGGUUACAUUCAUGAAGAUGAACAUGUUCCUGUUAACCACUACAGAAACCUUAAACAAAAAGUGAGAACUAUUCCUUCCAGCCAAUUGAAUGUGGAGCCAACUAACUUACUAGGAGUAGGCAGAUACGGCAGAGUCAAUAGUGCUGGUGUUGUAGAAAACGAUAACAUAACGCUAGCAGCUGCUUACACUAUUCAAGACAAAAAAAUGUCGCAAGAAACUAGAAAAACGAUGCUUCAAGAACUUGAUGUGCUCAUCAAAGUUGGUAAACAUGACAAUGUUAUAGGUCUAAUUGGUAUUUGUGAAACUUCCUAUAUUAUGUAUGUUGUAUUGGAACAUGCAUCAUUAAAUCUCAAGGAUGUUUUGCUGGGAAGCAGGGACUCUUUACCCGGAAGGUUUAGUAGUAUGUCUGAAUUUCAGGCAUUGGAUACUGCAAUACAAGUAGCAAGAGGAAUGGCUUAUCUUGAUCACUGUAAGAUUAUUCACAAACAACUAUGUGCUAGAAGUGUCAUAAUAGCUCCUGGAGGAAUUGCGAAAGUCACUAGUUAUGGUAUCGCUCAGUACUUCAGCCAUAACAAAAUUCCUGAUUAUACUAGGUGGACAGCAGUAGAGGUUUUCAAAAAUUAUCCACCAAACACAAAGAGUGAUGUAUGGUCUUUUGCUUGUUUGAUGUGGGAAAUAUGUGCGCUAGGUGCCACCCCAUAUGGUAAUGUCGCAAACAACAAUGAGAUUCCAGAAAAGAUUGUAAGAGGACUUCGACUUCCACAAUUACAGUAUAUCAAUGACGAGUUGUAUCAACUUAUGUUGGACUGUUGGCAGCUAGAUUAUGACGAACGUCCAUCCUUUAUGCAACUAGUUGAAUCUCUAGAUAGUUUUAAGAAAAAUCCUACCGUACCAUACAUCAACUUCAAUACUUAUCCGAACUUUCAAUACGAUCAAUUUUAUCCCGACAUGGAACUAGCUGUUCGACCAGUAUUCUAAGUUAUUCUUCAACUUGUACUUUUAUAUUCACUAAACUGUAUUUAUGGAACGUUUUAGUCUCUCUCUAUUUAAAUAUUUACCUCAAUUUUGGGAUCUAACAUUGUAUUUUAUUUAUAGUAGUAUUAACCCAUCCCUUUUGAUGGUGUUUAUUAUCAUCCCUCUUUUUUAUAUUGUCUAUUUUCUUACACAAGGAAACAGUAUACUUAUUUUUCCCUCAAAAAUUAACAAAUUUAGUUUAGUUAACAAAUGCAACUUAUUGUAAAAUCGCGAUAGAAAUUUUUUGCCGGUGGAUUAUUACUUGUUAAUCUAUCCUGUAAGUUACUAAAUUUUUUCAAAUUGAAAUUCCAAUAUUUACUAUGUUUAAAUAAUAUUUUUUGUUGAAAUAUUCGCUUGCGCUGAACCGAAUACCUGUUUUCGAACGUAUUUUCAGCCCUUGAUAAAAAUUAAAGACCAAUAAUGACAUACACAGCAGAAACGUCCAAAACACAAAGAAUGCUGGAAACAGCUGAGAUGAGAAUACUGAGGAGAAUCACGGGAAACACACUGAGAGAUCGAGUAAGUAACUACUACAUUAGAACAAGAUGUAAUGUAGAGAAGAUUAAAGAGCGGUUAUUAAAUAAAAAAAGGAUGGAACAACCAUAUAAGUAGAAUGACAGAUGAUAGGGUAGUAAAGAUCGCAAGAGACAAAUCGCCGGCCGGGAGAAGAAGUGUCGGUCGGUGCCGGAAAAGAUGGAGAGAUAAUAUAACUUAAAAGCGCAACAAAAGAUAGAAACAGGCAGAAUUGCUUAUAGAAAAGAUAGAAGAAGAAGAUAAAAAUUAUAAAUAUUAGUUCUACACUUCCGGAAGUGUAAAACUUCCUCGGCUUUUCGAAUCUUUUAGCAGAUUCAGAAUAUUUCAUAGUUUUUGAGAUAUAAGCAAAAAACCAAAUCCUUUUUUUUAGUUAAAUUGUUUAUAACUUUUACUAAUUUUUGCGAGCGCAUCUUUAAUUCUUUCAAAAAUUUUCUACAUGCGAUUAUGAAUCGAGUAACAGUAUUUUUAGGAGCCGGCGAAAAAGUUUUGACCUAAAAAACUCUUAUUGACUAGACUAUUUCUUUGGUUGUGAUUUAGAUAGUUUUGUUCUGCAUACUGCAAAUAUUUUAUUUUUCUCAGCUUCCGAAUGAAUUUUAUAUUUAGCUCUAAUUUCUUAAGUGGUGUUCAUUUUAAAUUUAAGAUUAUACCAAAAUAAUUAGUUUUAAACUUUUUAGUUGUGUAAUGAGUCGAUACAUUCCUUAUUUAUAAUUUUUAAAGUUUACAAUAACUAGUGGAUUGGAAUCUAUAUUAUGUAAUUUCUUGUAAUAUUUCACCUGUAUUUCUAAUUACAGUAGUAGUUUAUAUUUAGUUUUUAUAUUUGUGACAAUGUAAGAACACACUCCAUGAAAAAAGAAUAAAUUUAUUAAAUUACA